AUGACUGAUCGUACUUUAAUUGAAAAACUUAAACAACAGAUUGCAAACGCAACUAACCUCAAUAAAUUAUUUGAAAAUGAAAAAUUUUUAAAUGAACUAAAAAAAUUAUCAUCAACUGGACAAUUAGAAAUUUUCAAAGAACAUAAAGAUAAAUUUAUUGAAUUAAGUAAGAAUCCACAAUCAGCAAUCGCAAAAUGGACUGGCAAUUUACCGAAUACUGAUACUGUAAUACAACAAGGACAAAAACUAAUUGAAAAUGUGAGACAUAGUCUUAAAUAA